CAUUGGCGGGAAUCCGGGUGGUCGAGCUGGCGGGCCUGGCUCCUGGUUCGUACCAUGUUCCAAUCUCGGUCCCUCCAGCUGCAAGCUCCUUUCCAUCCGCUGACCAAAGAAAACAGGUCCAUUCGCUGGUCUGCUUUUAGCCGACUACGGCGCCUCUGUCUUGCGGAUUGACCGACCCCAAACGUCGAGCGCAGAUCAGUUGACCCGCCACAAGUCCUCCAUCCCUCUAGAUCUCCGUGAUACCGCCUCACAUCAGGUUCUCCUCUCCAUCCUGGCGACGGCGGAUGUCGUGAUCGACCCUUACCGUCCGGGGGUUUUGGAGCGCCUUGGCCUCGACCCCUCGGGCGUCCUGCUGAAACACAACCCGCGAUUGAUCGUGGCACGGUUGACGGGGUUCCGGCGCGAUGGGAAAUACAAGGACAUGGCGGGGCAUGACAUUAAUUACAUUGCCGUGUCCGGGGUGCUGUCCAUGCUCGGCCGGUCCAACGAGCGACCCUAUGCCCCGGGCAACCUGCUCGGGGACUUUGCCGGGGGCGGCGCCACCUGUGUCCAGGGUAUUCUUCUGGCAUUGCUGUCGCGGGAGCGGAGCGGCCGCGGUCAGAUCGUCGAGGCCAACAUGGUCGAUGGCUCUGCGUACCUGGCCGCAUUUCCUCGACUAAGCCGACAGACACCUAUGUGGGAUGCGCCGCGCGGACAGAACGUGCUGGACGGGGGGAGCCCGUUCUACGACACUUACGAGACCAAAGAUGCGGGCCGGUAUUUUGCGGUGGGGGCCCUCGAGCCGCAAUUCUAUCGGGCUCUCCUCAAGGGACUCGGGUUCAAUCCACAGGAGCUGCCCGAGCGCGACAACAAGGAUAAUUGGCCGGCGCUCCGUGCUGCGUUUGCUAAGAGGUUCCAGGAAAAGACGCGGGCUGAGUGGGAGGCCGUAUUCGACGGGACUGAUGCCUGCGCCACGCCCGUGUUGGACCCGGAUGAGCUGCAGGCGGGUGGUUACGAGCUACGCCCGGUGGUGCAUCUGGCUGAUACCCCGGGACUCCCCAUCCCGACCGACGAUGGAGGCUGGACGGGUGGUGGUCUGAUACCCGGCACCGGGGGGCAGGAGACCUUGAAGACAUGGUUGGGUUGGGAACAAGGCCGUGAGUAUGAUGUCAGGCCCGAUGGGGCUCUUGUGCGACUUGGAGAGAAUAAGGAGAAGUUAUAGGACAUUUUGCAAGGGGGUAAAAGUAUUAAUUAUGUGUUCGGGUGGACGCCACAGUAAGUCGAUGAUGCGUUGAUACUUGAUGGAGGAGG